CGGAAGUGACGUUACAAAGCAACCCCUCUUCAAAAACACUGUGGAGGUGAACGCGGUAUUUUGGAAUUGCGUUAUAGUUCUAUAUACAUUUCUUGUUAGGUGUGCCUAUAGAUAUAGUUUAAAGAUUUGUCUACAUCAAUAUUUAUAUGGUUAUAGUGGACCUGUGCGGUGGCACGAGCGCCUUCAUCUGCAGAGUGAACAGCGAUGGCUGCGCCUGUUGCCAUACAGCAGCCCAGCUAUCUGCUGGCAAACCUCAAAGCAGACUGGAGCACUAAGCCACUACUUCAGCGGUGUCAGGAGCUGGUGAAAGUGAUAGAUGACUAUCCUGCUAAGGAGCUUCACCUGGUCUUCCCAUGGCUGGUUGAGAGUAUCUUUGGCAGCCUAGAUGGGGUCAUUGUGGGUUGGAACCUGCAAUUUGUGCACCCUCGCAUGAAUGAGUACAACAUUGUUCUGGACUUUCUCGAUCCAUGUGGCCCCAUGAUGAAGCUGGUCUACAAGCUGCAAGCAGAGGACUACAAAUAUGAGAUCCCCAUCAGUUAUUUGCCAGGUCCUGUGAAGGCCUCUUUUCAUGAGGGUGUUCUGCCUGACUGUGCCCUUUUUCACAAUAAGUUACAAUUCCCCAUGUCCGACCUCAUCAUGCUCAAUCCUUUUGAAUACUACAUGUUCAUCUUUGCUUACAGUCUUAUUGCACCAAAGAACUAUCCUCCUGGACAGCGUGGCAGCUGUUCAGACAGUGCUUACUUUGUGCUUGUUGAUGCCUACCUCAAGCACUUCUUGCCCACAGAGGGAAAUGUGCCCCCAUCUCCUUUCUCUGAUCCAAGGGGCUCUGUUGCCUCUCCAGCUCCACGGUCUCCUAGUGUACCUUAUGUUGGCUAUGGCAUCCACAGCAGCAGCCUGCUAAAGCGACACAUAUCCCAUCAGCCCUCAGUCAACGCUGACCCUGCUGCUCAGGAGAUCUGGAGAUCUGAAACCCUCCUACAGGUAUUUGUGGAAAUGUGGCUCCAUCACUACUCGCUGGAGGUGUACCAGAAGUUGCAGUCUCCUCAGGUGAAGCUGGCGUUGCUGCAGUACCGUCUCAAUAUGUCCAGCAUGCUGUGCCAGCCCCCGGCCCCACCAGGCUCUGGGACCUUCCACACAUACCAAGAACCCUUCAGCCCGACAGAGGAACACGUUCUGGUGGUGCGUCUGCUUGUCAAACACCUGCAUGCUUUCUCCAACAGUCUCAAGCAGGAGCCGGCCUCAUCCUCCCCCUCCACACACACACAUGCCAGCCCUCUCGAGGAGUUCAAGAGGGUUGUAAUGCAGAGGUUUGUUCAGCAGAAGCUGUACGUCUUUCUGCAGCACUGUUUUGGUCAUUGGCCUCUCGAUGCCUCAUUCAGAGCAGUGUUAGAAACAUGGUUGAGUUAUAUCCAACCCUGGAGGUAUACAGAAGAGAAAAACAUUCCGAUGGCAGAGGCUCAGAAUCGAACAUUACCUGAUAAGUGGGCUUUCUUUGUACAGGAUAAUCUCUUGAUGUACACAAAGCUCUUUCAGGGUUUCCUUAAUCGGGCUUUACGCACAGACCUCGUCAAUGCCAAAAAUGCGCUGAUGGUAUUCAGGGUUGCCAAAGUUUUUGCACAACCAAAUCUACCAGAGAUGAUUCAAAAAGGAGAACAACUGUUCCUCGAACCCGAGCACGUCCUCCACCACCGACAGGCGCGUGUCUUCCUCUCCCCUACACACGGUGGUAGCUUCCUGUCCUCCCGACAGCCUGCAGGGACAGACUCCGUCUUUAAAGUCAAGAGUCAUGUCUACAGUCUGGAGGGGCAAGACUGUCAGUACAAGCAGAUGUUCGGCAGUGAGCUGCGUGGAGUGGUGUUGAAGUUGGUGCAAAUCAUCAUGCAGGCCCGACAGACAGCGAAGCGGAUCUCUGAUCAGUCUGCUGAAGUGGCAGCUAACAGCUCAUUCCUGUCAUGGUUCAGCACAAGCUUCUCAGACACUAACUCCACCUUUCAUGGAACAGAGGCAGAAGACAUGGGAGAGUGCUUUAAAAAGACUCAUGAAUUUCUGGACAAGGCCCUGGAUUACCUGUGCCUGAUAUUUCGGUUGAAUGCAGGACAGCGGACUCAGCUGAUGGCGAAUGUGAACUCGGCAGAUGACGACAGCGAUUCGAAACAGCUGCCGCAUUGCAUCCAGAGUGAAAACGGUCCUGUGCUCACAGAUCUUGGUAGGAUGCAGAUCAUCAAUGGCCUCCGACGAUUUGAGAUUGAGUAUCAGGGGGAUCCAGAACUUCAGCCAAUAAGGAGUUACGAAAAUGCUUUUCUGGUUCGGCUGCUGUUCCAGCUUUCAUCGUUCAUCAACGAGCGGUUUGGAGGCAACAUGGAGGCGCUGUGCUCACGACAGGACAUCCUGGGGCGCAUGAGUCGACACUACCUGAGCAUGUCACCAGCGCCUGAGCAACGACGGAAGAGUCCGGCUCCGCGUCAGACGAGAGGUCGAGUGCAGAGGCCACGGCUCAGUCUGCGACCCUUCGCCAGCUAUCGUACACUGCUCAUGCUGCUGCUGCUCUACGUACUGUUUGCUCUGUUCUCCUUCAACCUUCUGUCCAGCACUGGGCUCAUCCUUAUUAUCAGCCUUCUGUAUGAACUACUACUGUUCCUGUUUGCUGAUAAACUCAAAACUCACUGAAUCAUCAGUAAAGGCUUUUUUAUUAUUAUUGUUAUUAUUAUUUAUGAUAAUACUCACCCUAGUGGGUUUCUUAAUUCUGAUAUAAACAUGACUGGUGUGAGAUUGACCACUGACUGUUCAAUGCCUUGUUCAAGCUUAAGAAUUACAAAAGUUAACAAUCCAAUGUCUGCAUUGUGCCAAUUGUCUCCAAGCGAGGACCAUGUUUCUGGUAUCUGGGUAUUUCUUCUUUCGGCAGCAACGCCAAUGUAGCUAACAAGCAAUAGCAGUUGUGUGAUUUUUGACAUUCAGAUUUAAAUAUAAGCACUGAUGUAAUUUUACUUGUAAACUAUAUAAUAGCUCUUGGUGUAAAUGGCCAUUGUGGACAUUUUAUUGUCCAUAAGCAUUUUGUCAGCCUUGUACUUUUAUAUUACAAUUAAAACAUAGUAUCUGAACAAUGAUUGGAGUGACAUCGUAAUCAUAGACACAGCUGCCUUUUUGAGUAUUUAUACACAUCUAAAGCCAAAAUCCAAGUGUUGCUUUUAAUAAAAAACUUAUCUUUCGGUAA